AUGGGAAGCGAACAACUUGAGGUUGGCAACGGUGGUGACCCAGGAAAACAAAAAGGAGCCGAAGACAGGUAGGCUGUUGCAUUCUUGGUCUGAUUUUCGUGGUUUAGAAAGAUCUUUGUUGGCGGCAUUUCGGCCGAAGUUGGCAAUGAGGACCUUCAACAAUACUUCCAACAGUACGGAGAAGUGACUCAAGCUCAGGUCAAGAUCGACCGCUCCACCGGACGCUCUCGUGGCUUCGCAUUUGUGGAAUUCGCCACCGCCGAAGCUUGCAAGGCUGCCCUCCAUCAACGCGAACAAAACAUCAAGGGGAAACAAUGCGAAGUGAAACCGGCCAAGUCUCGCGAAAACAAGAAGGUCUUUGUCGGCGGACUCCCAGCCGAUCAUCCUGAAGAUGAGCUCAGAAAGCACUUUGAACAAUACGGAAAGGUCGAGGACAUCGAAUGGCCUUUUGACAAGCAGACCAAGAACCGUCGUAACUUUGCCUUCAUUGUUUUCGAAGAGGAGGAGGCCGCUGACCGCGCUGCGGCUGUGCCAAAGCAGAGUUUCAGCGAACGUGAGGUGAGUUUGUUUUCUUUUUGUUGUCGGUUUAGAUAGAUGAAGUCUCAGUUUAAGACUUUUGCCAAUAAAAAGGUCUGAGGAGUUAGGACAGCAUUGAGUUCCCUUUGAAUUAUAUUCUAGCUAAACGAUGUCAUUUUUCAGUGUGAUGUGAAGAAGGCCGUUCCCCAGAACCGUCGUUUCAACAACUUCCGUUCCCCAAUGGCUGGUGGUCCUCGCGGUGCUUUCGGUGGUGGUAUGCGCCCCCAAGGACUGCCCGUUCACAGCGCCGGCCCCUGGUUUAACGGUGGAUGGAACCAGAUGGGAGCCGUCCCAUACGGCGCUCCCUCUCAAGGUGCCGCCACCGGAACCGGCGGCUGGGGUGAUUGGUACUCCAGCAACAACUUCUAUCAAGGUCAGAACCAGGCCUAUCCCGGCUACGGAAGUAAGGACGGCGUUUGAAAAGACUAAUUCCAACCUUUAGCUGCCUCCGGCUACGAGUACCCCCAGAACGGGAACACAGCCCAACGCGGUCAGCCCACAAACGGCGCCGUCCCGCAGGGUCAGCGCUACCAGCAGGCUCAAUAUUAA